UGCUCAGCCAUGGCGGUCAGCAACAACAUCAUUGCAACUCUCAACUUCAUAGCUCUCCUCUGCUCCAUCCCCAUCAUCUCCGCCGGCAUCUGGCUCGCGUCCAAACCAGAUAACGAGUGUAUACGCUGGCUCCGUUGGCCGGUCAUCAUCAUCGGAAUACUCUUCCUCCUCCUCGCCCUAACCGGUUUCAUCGGUGCCUACUGGAACAAACAAGGCCUCUUAGCUUUUUACCUCUUCUGUAAUGCCGCUCUCAUCAUCGCCGGUCUCAUACUCCUCAUACUCGCUUUCGUCGUCACUCGCCCCUCCGGCGCCUACUCCGUCGACGGACGGGAGUAUAAGGAGUAUCGUUUAUCGGAGUAUUCGGCUUGGCUCCGGAAUCACAUCACCGAUUCGGAUCAUUGGGGGAAUAUUAGGUCGUGUUUGGCUUCGUCUUCGAUUUGCACUAAAAUGACUCAGGAUUCGUAUACUGCUUCUCAAUUCUUCUCUUCCGAUAUCUCUCCACUUCAGUCGGGAUGUUGCAAGCCUCCGACUGUGUGUGGGUACCAAUACGUGAACCCCAUAAUGUGGAUCAACCCGACAAACCCAACGUCCAAUAUGGAUUGUCCGAUAUGGAACAACGACCCUAACCAAUUGUGCUAUAACUGCAACUCGUGCAAAGCCGGUUUGUUGGGAAACCUACGGAAAGAAUGGAGGAGGGCGAACGUGAUCUUGAUCAUAGCCGUGGUGGCUCUCAUUUGCCUUUACGUUAUAGCUUGCAGCGCGUAUAGAAAUGCACAAACCGAAGAACUUUUCGAAAGGUACAAACAAGGUUGGACUUGAUCAAAACUUAAAAUCUUGUUGUAUACACACCCAAAAUCAAUAGGUAAUGUGUUUUCUUUUUGGUUCUUUUAACAAGUGUUGUUGUGUUUUGAUUUUUUUUUUUGUGGUAGAAUGGUAGGUAGUGGUGUGUAUAUGUUCCUUUUUGUGGUCUUGUAGGGGUAUAAAUGUAAAAUGUCUUAAACGUAACAAAGUUUGUGUUGGUUUAUAUUUAGUAUUUUGAU